UGUUGUCACAGGAGGACAUGUAUAACAAAACAUAUGUAAAGUUGUGUUCAGUUCAACGUUGUGUCUUUUUUCUUCUUGAAUGUGUGUGGGACCCCCCCCUCCAAAAAAAGGGAACGUGACGUCAUACUUCAUUCAUUCCCACGAGGAGGGUGGCACAUUCAAGUUCAAGUACGGGUUGGGGAAAUUGAGCUUUCUCACAGCCACGCAUAACGCUCCCGUGUGUGUAAGAAAGGGCAUCUCUGUGAAAGCAGGAACGUACGAGGCCGACUGAAGGUUUAUGAACGCAACACGGCGAUGGGGCGUUUGUGGCGCUCAUCGGCGUUGGUCAGAAGGAGCGGAGCCCGGCGAAGAGACCUUCACACCUCAGCCCUCACCGGGACAUGAAUCCCGCCUUGUGACAAGGAAUUACAAGUCAGCGGGGCAUAAAGAUGACGGUGGACUUCGAAGAUUGUGUCAAGGAUUCACCGCGCUUCAGGGCAAACAUCGACGAGGUAGAGACCGAGGUUGUGGAGAUAGAGGCAAAGCUCGACAAGCUAGUGAAGCUAUGUGGCGGCAUGAUAGAAGCGGGCAAGGCGUAUGUCAGCGCCAACAAGCUCUUCGUCAACGGGAUCCGCGAUCUGUCCCAGCAGUGCAAGAAGGAUGGAAUGAUCUCGGAGUGCCUGGAGAAGUGUGGAGAAAGCCUUCAGGAAAUCAUCAACUACCACAUGAUACUCUUUGAUCAGGCUCAGCGUUCAGUCAAGCAGCAGUUGCAGCACUUUGUCAAAGAGGAUGUGCGCAAGUUCAAGGAAACCAAGAAGCACUUUGACCGUGUUCGCGAAGACAUGGAGAUCGCCCAGGUGAAGAACGCUCAGGCGCCCAGGAACAAACCUCACGAGGUGGAGGAAGCCACCAGCUCGCUCAGCAUCACUCGCAAGUGCUUCAGACACCUGGCUUUGGACUACGUCCUACAGAUCAAUGUCCUCCAAGCCAAAAAGAAGUUUGAGAUCCUGGAUGCAAUGCUGUCCUUCAUGCAUGCCCAGUACUCCUUGUUCCAGCAGGGCUACAACCUCCUGGAUGACAUUGACCCCUACAUGAAGAAGCUGGCGGCUGAGCUGGAUCAGCUGGUGAUCGAUUCUGCCAUGGAGAAGAGAGAGAUGGCGCACAAACACGCCACCAUCCAACAGAGGACUCUCAUGCAGGACUUUGCCUACGACGACUCCAAGGCGGAGUUCAACGUGGAUGCUCCUAACGGCGUGGUGAUGGAGGGAUACUUGUUCAAGAGGGCUAGCAACGCCUUCAAGACGUGGAACAGACGCUGGUUCUCCAUCCAGAACAGUCAGCUGGUCUAUCAGAAGAAGCUCAAGGACUCUCUGACGGUGGUGGUGGAUGACCUCCGUCUGUGCUCCGUCAAACCCUGUGAGGACAUUGAGAGGAGGUUCUGCUUUGAGGUCGUCUCUCCCACCAAGAGCUGUAUGCUCCAGGCGGAGUCAGAGAAGCUGAGACAAGCAUGGAUUCAGGCGGUGCAAGCUAGCAUCGCCUCGGCCUACAGAGAGAGCCCAGACAGCUUCUACAUCGAGCGUCUGGACAGAACAGCCUCGCCGUCCACCAGCAGCAUCGACUCAGCCAGUGAGAUGCGAGAGCGGGGUGGGCGAGGCGAGGGCAUCCUGCAGAGGAUCCAGUGUCUCCCGGGCAACCAGCAGUGCUGCGAUUGCGGCCAGGCAGAGCCUCGUUGGGCCUCCAUCAACUUGGGAGUCCUGCUGUGCAUCGAGUGCUCCGGCAUCCACAGGAGUCUCGGUGUUCACUGCUCCAAAGUGCGCUCGCUCACACUGGACUCGUGGGAACCAGAACUAUUAAAGCUAAUGUGUGAGCUGGGCAACAGUGUCAUCAAUCACAUCUACCAGGGUGCGUAUCAGGAACAACAAUGCAUGAAGAAGCCGACACCCUCCAGUUCCAGGCAGGAAAAGGAGGCUUGGAUCAAGGCCAAGUACGUGGAGAAGAAGUUCGUGAAGAAGCUGACCAGCAUGCAGGUUCUUGUCAACGGCCAGGGAAAGUCAGAGCGGCGCUUGAGUAUCAAGAAGUGUCGCAGGCACAACAGUGCCACCACAGUACCCAAGACGCAGCGGUGGUACCGGCAGGAACUCAGGAGUGCUUCCCCGUCCAGCCUCUCCUCAGCUGCUGCCAAGUUUAGACGAGAGUCCUUGUUUUGUCCUGAUGAGCUGGACUCACUUUUCUCCUACUUCAACACCGGGUCUGGCCCUCGAAGUCCGGCAGGCCUCAGCAGUGACAGCGGCCUGGGCAGUACCGAUGGCAGCACGGACAUCCUGGUCUUUGGACCGGCGGUGGGCAGCGUCACAGAGGAGGAAUGCGAGAUGUCCGAGGAUUCCAGCGGUGAAGCCGAGCACGACAUGUCGGACCAGGAGGACCUGAGGGACCUCCACCCGGGGGCGCUGCUCUACAAGGCUGCCAAAGCUCGCAACUUGCCAGUCAUGGCCGCGGCACUGGCCCACGGCGCUGAUGUCAACAUGGUCAACGAAGACGACGAAGGGAAGACGCCCCUCAUACAGGCUGUGAUCGGGGGUUCCCUGCUAGCUUGUGAGUUCCUCCUCCAGAACGCCGCUGACGUGGAUCAAAGAGAUGCGAGAGGGCGGGGCCCCCUGCAUCACGCCACCUACCUGGGUCACACGGGGCAGGUGUGUUUGUUCCUUAAAAGAGGUGCCUCACAGAACGACAGGGAUGAGGACGGCCAUGAUCCUUUGAGCAUAGCCGUGCAGCAAGCCAACGCGGACAUAGUCACGCUGUUGCGUCUCGCCAGGAUGAACGAGGAGAUGCGUGAGUCAGAGGGACCCUUCGGACAGCCAGGUCAAUAUCCCGUCAGCAGCCCCACAGAGCAGCAGUACAGGCGGUGCAUUCAGGAGUUUAUUUGCCUCAAUAUUGCACAGUGCUAGGGCACUAAGGCCGCCACACUCGGCUCCCCUCUCAGGGUGUCACCCCAAUGAGCUCAGCAAGUCGCCAUGGCGACGUAGCAACCAUGGUGUUGUCAGUGCUCCAAGCCAAAGUUGUUGUUCAGCACUGUGACACAGACACGAUGGGCCUUUCACUAUGUUUCCUUAAUAGUUUAUAUUUUAAAUAGGCUUUUUAAGGGCAUUUGAGACAAUCAGGAUGCUCUGAAUUCCUGUUUGAAUGCCAUUGACUUAUUAAACUGAGUGAUGCUUCCUCGAGGACCUGCGCAUAGCAAGGCUGUAGCUUAGCAUAGCUGCCAUGUUGCCGUCCCUUAGAUGACAAAGUAGCUGGAGACUGAACCAACAGCGCAUCUGCUGGUGUACUCCAUCUUGACUCAGUUGCCUCAUAACUCCAUUCAUCAUUGAAUGAAUUCCACACAUUCCUAGUAUUUUAAUAUUUUUCUGGGCCCACAGUUGUGUAUUUGAAGUGUGAUGUCCGAAAUCUAGCCCGACUGGGAACAGUGCAUUUCAUGUCCCUGUAGCGUGAAUGCUUAUGAACUAUGUUUGCUUCUGUGUGUCUCCAAGAAGCGCUAUUGUGCACUUUAUCCACUUUUGACAUAUACACUGUAACUCUGCACUUGUCCAACGUAAUAGAUGCCGUAUAUCGCAUACAACAACGUAACGAGGACAUAAAUGUUAUGUGAGCUCCACUCACACUGUAACAGCAACUACAUGCUAAAGUUAGCCUAUUCACUGAAGAGAAACAUAAUGAUUACAGCGCCCACAUCUGUAGCUGACUGAUGGAUAGUUGGCAGAAGCCUGCUGCCAUACCAAGAUGUGGGCGUGUACACGUGGUAGGCUCAUCUAGCUAGGGGCAGGCCAGAGGUGUUGUCCAUGACGAAGGCGUUUUUUUCUUCAUGACGUCAUGAAAAGCCAAAAUGAGUGCUUGAGCGCCUCUUCUCUCAAAAGUGGAGCAAGGAAGGGAGAUGAUGCUCUCAUCAACAGGCUCCCGGCACACAAAUUAUUGUUAGGGCAUCUUUAAAAAGUCACUUUUGCAUAAUAGGGGACCUUUUAACAGCUGAUUAUCAUCCCCAUUCCUACUAUCCCGCGAUCAACGCGCACUUUCUCUUGGCUGAUCAGUAUUGUUUCAUGAGGUUUUUAUUUGAGGUGACCUUCCAGAGCUGCAAUCCAGUGCUGUUGUCUGCAUUUUUUACGAAGCUGAGCAAGACUACAGAUGUUAUUUUUUUAAACGGAAUAUUUUUUAUGACAUUUUAUUUUGCAGAACACACAAACGUAGCUGUGUUAUUUUCUCAUAACGAGAAAUCCCCAUAGCGUGAUGGACAUUUUUGAAUGCUAACAUUGCUAACCGUAUUUUUAACUUCUUUGUCAAGUUCUUCUUCAAGCGUCAACAUGUGUACUGUAAACAUGUAACAUUGUUCUUUAUACCUUGUCUUGUUUUUUAUUUUAAUGGUAAUUUUAAUAAUUUAUUAUCCCAGAUGAGACACUGUGUGUGUGUGUGUGUGUGUGUGCGUGUGUGUGCGUGGGUGUGUGUGUGCCCUAAAAUAUUAUUAACUCAUUUGUCCUGUCUGACUGUGGUCUGUACAGUGCUAGUAAAAUGAAUGUUACGCUUGGUUUUAACCCAAAUUUCCUGCCAGUGUCGUCUUAGAUGAUUCUGGAAAUAAACUAACGUGUGACUUAA